AUGAAGAUUCUAAUACAUUUUUUCAUUUUGCAAUUAUCGGCGGCCGAAAUAUUUACUUCAUCUGCUCAUGUAGAAUCUCUUAUCAAUGCAAAUAAAGAGGUUCCGCAGAUGCUAGAAAAUUACAUCAAUAUGGAAGGAAUUCGCGUCCAAACUUUGCGAAGGUUGAUUAGCGUGUAUAAAGCUAAAAAUCAACAAGUAUUAGCAGAAGACGUAAAUGCGUUGGCGAAUCCGAUUAAAACCUUUUUAUUCAUAAAGCAUUUUGUGGCCGACUGGGAUGGCGUCGAAAAAUUUAUGACACAGAAUACCGCGAAAGGAUUCAUAUGGAACAUUGCUGAGGACCGCACAAAGCGAAAAAUCGAAUAUCCGACCAACGAGGAUCUCGCAGGUGCUGCGUCAGCUAUAUUUCGGAUUCAAGACGUAUAUAGACUUAGCGCUAAAGAAUUGUCAAAUGGGAAAAUUUUGCAUAUUGAUUCAAAUCAAACAUGGGAUUGUCUUUUGAUUGGACGUUUGGCAUACAAAACCAAGGAUUACUAUCACACACUUUUGUGGUUGCAAGAAGCAUAUGAUAAGAUUCAGCAAGAAAGUGAUCCAUCGUACGAAAAUCUGCAAGAGAUCUUGGAUAAACUUUCAUUUUCACUUUUCAAACAGGGCAAUGUUAAGCGUGCUCUUUUGAUAGCUGAAGAACUGCUGAAGAUAGCACCGAAUCAUAAAAGAGCCGCAAAAAAAGUCAAAUUAUACGCAGAAAAAUUAAAAAAAGAUGGCUUAAAACUGAGUGAAUUCAGAGAAAAUAUUCCCCCACUAGAAAAUCGGCGCAAUGCAGAAGAAGCACCGCAAGACGAUGAACAUAACAUCAAAAUUUACGAGGCUCUUUGCAGAAAUGAAAUUCCGCCCAGCGUCCAGGAAUUUUCUAUGUUAUACUGUUACUACAAAAGAGAUCGCCCCUACUUAUUAAUUGCUCCGUUUAAAACUGAAAUUGUAAGAUUCGAUCCGCUGGCAGUCGUCUUUCAUAAAGUGAUAUCUGACGAAGAAAUAAGCAUUAUUCAAGAACUUUCUCAUUCGCGGCUUGAAAGGGCUCAAAUUCUAAACCAUACAACUCAAACGAAGGCGUAUGCUUCUUAUCGCAUAAGUAAAAGCGCUUGGCUGCAUAAAAAUGAACACAAAGUAGUGGACCGUAUAAAUCGAAGAGUUGAACUUAUGACGAAUUUGGCACAAGAAACCGCUGAAGAGAUUCAAGUCGGAAAUUAUGGCCUUGGUGGUCAUUACGAAUCGCAUACAGAUUUUUUUCAUGAAGGAACCUUCUUGAGAGCACUUCGUGAAGGCAACCGUAUCGCAACUCUCCUCUUCUACAUGAGCCAACCUGAAAUUGGUGGCGCAACUGUAUUUACUCGGGUUAAUACAACAAUUUUACCUUUGAAGAAUGGUGCAUUGUUUUGGUAUAAUUUGGAGCGGAAUGGUCAAGGAGAUUUUAGAACUCAACACGGAGCUUGUCCGGUGCUUGUAGGCGUUAAAUGGGUAGCAAACAAAUGGAUUCGUGAAAUUGGUCAGGAAUUUCGAAGACCAUGCGGUUUACAAAAAUCUGACAAAGAAGCUUUCGUUGGUGACCUAGGAGGUCCAGUUCCAAGGAACCAUGCCAAUAUUCGCUCUUUUUAA